GAAAAAAAAAAAAGGAGACACUACGGCCUCCACGUCCACACGCACCCGUCCGUCACCUGCGUAACCUCCACUACUACCUUAUCCGUACACCUUACCUUUUACGCCCGCCUUUCGACCUUGCCUACCUUUCCCACCUCCACCUCCCGCAAAGGUACCACACUGCAUCCGCUCCGCACCAGACUCGAUAUAGGUUACGUCCCGUUUCGACCUGCUUUUUUCUGCGACAGAAGCCCAAGCUGCACACAACAGCACCUCUUCCUCCCUGAUCAAGUAUAGAUCAAUCGGCACCACGCUCAAAGCAGCUUCUCCACCGUUUUUGCCUUUUUCUGCCUUGCUCGUGAUACCUACCAUUCGACCGAAAGCCUUGCUUCGUCCACAAUGGCCGACAUCACCGACCAACACGACCAGACCUCGCCCACCGACCUCGACGAGUCGCAGGUCGGCAACGGCAACGCCGCCGAGAACAGGGGCGUCAAGCGUCAGCGUCCAAGCACCGCCGACGACGACGACGAUGACGAUGACAAGGGCGGUCGCGAGCGUCGCAAGAUUGAAAUCAAGUUCAUCAACGACAAGUCGCGCCGUCACAUCACCUUCUCAAAGCGUAAGGCUGGAAUCAUGAAGAAGGCUUACGAGCUUUCCGUCCUUACUGGCACCCAGGUCUUGCUCCUCGUCGUUUCCGAGACCGGCCUCGUAUACACGUUUACGACACCCAAGCUGCAACCGCUUGUGACUAAGGCUGAGGGCAAGAACUUGAUUCAGGCAUGCCUCAACGCGCCCGAGCCCUCUCAGGGUGGUGAGAAUGGUGUCGACGACUCGAACCAGGUCGACUCCCCCGAGGAGCCUCCCCAACAACACCUCCCUCCCCAGGCCGGCCGCCAGGGCAUGCCACAAAACCCCCACAUGCCUCCCAACUACAUGCCCAACGUUGGGAUGGACCCCUCGCAGGCGCUCGCGUACCAAAACUACGUGCAGCAGCAACGGGGUGGAGGCUACGCCAUGCCCCCGCAGUCUGGUCUUCCCCAGCACACGUCGCAUCAGUCAUGAUAGCCAGGCUGUCCAUGGCUAGUGUAUUUCUCGUUGAUACCAGACAAAUCCUGCAUCUUGCAACUCCUCGCCCGUCGGCUCUUGGUCUUUCUUUACUCGACGUCGAGGUUUUGGCUGUUUGGCGUUACAGCUUGAUGUUGCCACUUGCUACAUCUCGGUUCUACUACGUCUCUUCCAUUUCUCUUGAUCCCGAAAUCUCCUUCACUAUGACGCAAAUCCCGCCGGUAUUAAGCACUUCCGCCUCCCUUUUUCGGCUUUCGAGGAGUUCAAGGCUCCGUUUCCCCUGCUGUGGGGCGGGAUCCAAUGAGGGUAGCGAGGACACCUGGGAUGCGCUAUGAGAGAGAGAUACGGCAACAUUGGGAUGGGUACCCGAGAAGACGUGAGGAUUAUCGAAGGCGGCAACCUCGUUGAGCACGGCCUUGUGCUAUGAAUUUAGUUGAAGAGCGGGCUCUGCGUGAAAGGAUUGUGUGGACGCGAGCUUGCGUGGCACUGUGUGCCAAAAUCAUUUCUCUUUUGGGUGCUUUUACCCCCCCUCUCCCAUAAACGGUAGGGGUUGCGGUGAUUGAGAAGUCUGCCCUGAGCGAGGGGGUUGGUUGGGGGGAGGGGCAUUCUGGCGCGGGAAGGGUUUUCGGGUUUUCAGCAUGAGAGCAUGAUAUCUCACGGCUGGGCAGGCACGUCUUUUUUUUUAUUAUGGAAUGGACUUUGACGAUUUUUCUCAAUUCGAGGACCUGUGGGGGACCAAAAACGCGCGAACUUCGUUUUCCCAUUUCUCGUAGGAACUCGGCUCGAUACCCCCCCGGCCCAGGACAAAUCAACGAAACAAAACCACCUUCACACGCACAUGAGAUUAUACACCUCGGGACUCGUCUUGUCUCCCUUGGUGACCCCCUCAACCAGCUUGCUUUUGGAGUCAGGAAACAGAAGGGGAAACAUCAACGAGCCAACUGCAUGGGAAGAAGACGAGGAAGAAGAAGCACAGAGGGCCAGCCUAUCUGUAUGAUAGUACAUCCGCGCGCGCUUCUGUUUAUCGUUUUUCUCGUCUUCUCACUUUUACUACUAUUACCACUACUGCUGCUGCUGCUAUUGCUAUUACUACUACUACUACUACUACUACUACUACUACUACUACUACUAC